AUGUCUAAGAUUAGUCGUGAUACCCUGAAUGAGGUCGUCGCUGAGUUGCUCAAGGGCUCCCAGGAGAAGAAGAGAAAGUUCCGUGAGACCGUGGAGCUCCAGAUCGCUUUGAAGAACUACGAUCCUCAAAAGGACAAGCGUUUCAGCGGUACCGUCAGGUGAAUAUUCCUUUUGGAUUGGGACUACGGACUUUACCCAAGGUCUUUAAAUUUUGGGUAGGACUUCUGGUCGUGAGAUCAAAAGUCCGACAAAUUUAAAGUUGAUUUGUGAAAGACCUUGGUGAGGGCCGUAAGUUGCUGUUUUUUAUUUGUUUUAUGUUUUUAGGUUUGAUUUAUGUUGUUUUUGACGUUUUAACUAAAAAUGCUUUUGAUAGUGUUUUAGCUAAAGAGGGCCUAAAAUAUGUUUAUAACGUAGAAUAAUAUUGAUAUUAUUAUAGACUGCGUAACAUCCCUCGCCCAAACAUGAAGGUUUGCGUUCUCGGCGACCAGAAGCACUGCGACGAAGCCAAGGAACAAGGACUUCCAUUCAUGAGCGCCGACGACUUGAAGAAGCUGAACAAGGACAAGAAGGCUGUCAAAAAAUUGGCCAAGUCAUACGACGCCUUCCUCUCGUCAGACUCCUUGAUCAAGCAGAUUCCUCGUCUUCUCGGUCCCGGUCUCAACAAGGCCGGCAAGUUCCCUUCAGUCGUUACCCACAACGAUUCCCUGACCGCCAAGGCCGACGAAAUCAAGGCUACCGUCAAGUUCCAGAUGAAGAAGGUGUUGUGUUUGGCCGUCGCCAUCGGACACGUCGAAAUGAGCCAAGAAGAGCUGGUUGGUAACAUCUCCCUUGGUGUUAACUUCCUUGUUUCUUUGUUGAAGAAGAACUGGCAAAACGUCCGUGCUCUGCACUUGAAGACCACCAUGGGCAAACCCCAACGUCUCUAUUAAAUGUUGUUUUUUCUCUUAUGAGGAUAUUCUUGUUGCUUUUUUAUGGUUGAUAAAUGAGUGUUAUGAAGGUUUUUGGCUUUUUUCAACGCUUUGGGACAAUAUUAAGAAAAAACAGUCAUAGUAAAUAAGAGGUCUUGUAAACAGAACUUCUAGUACCAUUUAGGGGUGCAGCAUAAUGUGAGAAGAGAUUUUUUUAUACAUGGUAUUAUAAAAGCUUUUUCGAUAUUUUAAAAGAUUUAAAUAUUGAUGAAGCUUCUGUGUUUUGCUAUAACAAAAAUUUUAUUUAAAAUUUGUUUAUUUGACCUUCAAAAUUGCUCAACGACGAGGUAAACAGCUUUUGAACAUCUCUCUCUGUCAUUUCACAGUUUCAAAACUUGGAAAACAGUGCUCUAAAGAGUUUAUUGGAUUCUGUAAGUUGAAAAACUCGAUUUCAAAUUAUUUUUUUAAUAUCAGGACACAAUGGAGAAUACUGCAAUCACAAGUCGUGCCGAUGUUACCCAGAUGAUAUUGGUUCAAAAGGUAUCGAAAGGGCUGAGAUGGACUGAAGUGGCUAACAAGCUGGGCCGGUCAAAAGAGUGGACUACUGCUGCUUGUUUGGGUAAAUUUUUAAGUUCAUUUUAAUUUGCCUAGGAUAAGGUAUCGUAGGCGGAGUAGUGUAUGAUAGAAUAGGUAGGGAAGGUUAUGAUAAUGUUUGGUGGGUCUGUUAAAAGUUUAAAAGAUUUUUCUUUCCUGGUCAAAUGCAAUUGACAGAAGAAGAAGCCGUAGCAAUAGUGACGUUUUUUAAUUUGCCUUCUCAAUGUCUUCCAUGGCUCCAAACAGUCCCAUAUAAGUCUCAGCCGGGUAUUCCUAGUGACCCAGCUUUGUAUCGAUUAUACGAAGCUCUGGGUGUUUAUGGUCCAGCAAUGAAAGAGUUGAUUCAUGAAGAGUUUGGUGAUGGAAUCAUGAGUGCCAUCGACUUUAAAUUCAAUGUCGAAAGGGAGCCGGACCCCAAUGGAGACAGGGUUAAGAUCAUUUGGAGUGGAAAGUUCUUGCCUUAUCAACGAUUUUAA